GAAGUCGUCGAAUCUAAAAAAUGCGUUUUGUCACCGUCGCGUCUGCUCUCUUGUCUCUCGUGUCUGUCGCGGUCGCACAGAAUCAGACUAUAUCGGUCAACGUCGGAGGCUCUAAUGGAGACCCCGAGUUCAUCUUCUCGCCUAACAACUUGAACGCUUCUGAGGGCUCCGUCAUAACCUUCAUGUUCACCGGAGUGCCUGGGAACCACACGAUCACUCAGUCGACUUUCGCCGCACCUUGCCAGACGAUGUCCGGUGGGUUUGACUCUGGCUUCGUGUUGAUUCCCAGUGAACCUAGCAUCACGCCUACAUUCAACUUGACCAUCACGAACGGGUCCGUGCCGAUCUGGUUCCAUUGCAAGCAGCUCGCACCCUCGCCGCACUGCAACGCCGGAAUGGUUGGUGCUAUCAACGCACCCACCUCCGGAGCGAACACUUUCCAAAACUUCGUCACAGCCGCUUCUCAAUCUCAAGGUCUCCCAGGCCAAGAUGAAGGCGGUCUCGUCGGUGUCGGCGCCUCGGCCUCUACUGGACCAGGACCCUUCACCGACAGCGACACCGGACUCGGCGUGCCCACCGGAGCCAGCGCCCCCGCUGCUGCUUCUGGCACAUCUUCGGCGAGCGCUUCGGCUAGUGCUAGUGCUUCUGCGAGCGGUGCGGUCGAGAUGAUGAAGGUGUCGAUGACUGGGUUGGUUGUGGCUUUGGGCGUCGUUGUUGGUUCCGUUAUUGCUUGA